UUGUGUUUCACUUUUUUCACUGCUAAAAUACAGGGGAAAAAACGGUAAUUUUCUGUAGCUUUCAUCAUGCAUGUCAUUAAUUUUGCUAUUUGACAAUAACUUAUUUAAAAUUUAAAUUUCAGCAAAGGACAGACUGUACAAUGACUUGGUAACUGAUAUUGAGGAAAUGAAAUUUCCAACAUCUAUGGUGGAUGACGACAUCAAACGGAAUGUUAUGGUGUUGGUAGAUGUCCUGUGGUACAUUGAUGGAAGUCACGAGAAAUUCAGUAAAUGUCAGACUGACAGAAGAAUUCCAGAAAGGUUUCUGAAGUAUACUGGCUACAACGAUUUUCGCAAAAAGCGGAAGGCUGCACCCCAAUUGUCCAUGCAGGAGCUGAACCGCCAUGCAGGUUUGAUAUUUCGACUGUCAACAUCUACACAUUCAAGGGUUUGGGGAGAGUUUACAUCAGAUCUUGAAAAGUUGUCCAUUUCUCUGCAAUUUUAUGCUUCAUAUCUAAACAAGUCUAACGAAAGCCAAAAGAAACGACAAUCACUUAGUCAUCCCGUACGAGAGGUGGGAGAACACUCCACUAUAUUACACUUUCCAAAAUGUCAAGGGCCAGUUCAUCAAGUUUAUGGAGUCAUAGAUCAAGUCAUGAGUGAAAUGACAGAGUACACACCAGUGUAUUUUGAUGAAAGUUUACAUGUGGAACAAAUCUUCAAGUGUAAAGUGCAGAGACACAGGUUUAUAGAGAAUCUAUCUCUACGUCAAGCGGUUGAUGUCCUGACAUACGAUCCUGGGGCAGGGCUUGGUAAGGUUGUGUAUAUUUGGCGUGUCCCUGAUGAACGAUCUCCUGAGGAGAUGAUGAACACAGCAAAGAGGGUUCACAAACAACUUGAAGCUAGAUUGCCCGAGUUUCAUACCAGAGAAAUGCGUCGGGAAUUUGCAAUGACUUACUCAUCGCAAGUUCAUAUUUCACCACACAUUCUUAGAUCCAUUUAUGCAGAGCUAACAUUGGAUGCAACUGGGUCUCAGAAUCCAUCAAUUGAUGCAAGACUUCGUCAAGCAAUAAUCAAUGGAGAUCCAGAGUUGGUUACAGAUCUGCGCAAAUUAAAUAAGGGUCGGCCAGAUGACACAUUUGAAGUGUUCUAUGAUCAAUUGGAAAAAGAAGUGAACACAACAACAGCUGUAGAUGAUCGUCGUCACGGGAGUGUACAACAUUUCAGUAAACACAUUUCAGUGAGAGACUUAAUUGAACAAACCGCCAAAAACUGCCCUGAAGGUACACCUAUUCCAUCAGAAAGUUCCCUACUUUUUGCUUUUGUUCCUAAAAAUGCAUACACAAAUACAGCAAAACUAUACAAAGGCAGAGUCAAUCUUCAACAUAAAGUACAAUCAAGACAACUUCGAAGUUCUCACAUAGAUGAACAUUAUUGUGCGGCUAUCUUCAAGUAUCUGAGGAGCUAUGCAAUUCAGAACAGAGAACAAACUGAUUUGGUGUGUUUGGAUGACAAGUCAAAAGUUGACUACGGUGAGCCAGGUAUGGCUAUAGCUACUGGGGUACGUGGGAAGAAAUCUCUUGUACCCGUUGGUGCUGUAUUAGGUGCACUAGACCACGAUGUUGGAUCAAAGGGAUCGCUGACACCAUCUGUAUGUUUACAUGUUGAUAUUCCGGAAGACAUCCAUGAGAGCUUUUAUAGGGGACAGGUUUAUGUGACAUUAAAGGAUUCCAUAUUCAAACCAUCUACUCCUUUUAGGCAUGCUGUGGAGCUCAUGUCUUCUUUGAAGAUAUCGCAUGAUCCUAAGCCGUACCUUCUACUUUACACAGACGGAGGCCCAGACCACAGGACAACAUUUGGAGGAGUAAAGCUAUCACUGAUUCUCUUGUUUAAACAUCUUGAUUUAGACAUACUCAUUGCUGCAAGAACUGCACCAGGAAAUUCAUGGGCGAAUCCUGCUGAAAGGAUCAUGAGCCUCCUCAACUUAGCCUACCAGAACGUGGCAUUGUACCGAGCAGAGAUGUCCAGCCACCUUGAGCAAGUUUUGAAAUCGUGUGGGUCAAUGACAGAUGUCAGAAAGAAAGCAGAAAGGGAGGAUAGUUUGGAAAUGGCUUGGUUGAGGUCGUUACAGGACAUGAUCAGUCUCUUAAACAAAAGAACAGAGCGUGUUAAUCUCAAAGGCAAGAGUUUUAAGUCGCUUUCGCCCGGCGCAUCCAAAGAAGAGGUGUCAGAGUUCGAGUCCAAGGUGAGACAUGUAAUCGACCCCGACAUCAGGAUGGGCCACUACACAAAGGUAGCCCUGAAGAGCUGUGAUGGGUAUAACCAGUUUAUUCAAAGACACUGCAUUGAGCGGAACUAUAUUUUCCAGAUUAGAAAGUGUGAUCUGGAGAAUUGUUGUUCAAGAAUCAGGAACCCAACUGGAGUUGUACCACACUUUCUCCCUGACCCAGAAGUCGAUCCAGAUCACCAGGGACAUUACAAGUCAUUUGAGGAUGUUUUGGGGACACCGACUUCGGAACGUGACAUGCCUUCGGGACAUACACAGACUAUUGCCAAUGUAGCUGAAGAACAGCAGGGAUGUACUAAUCGUAUCCUGGUGGCCCAAAAUGCUAGGAAGACCAUCUUGUGUGAAGAAUGCGCAAAACCUCGUUGUGUGUACAGCAGACGGGCCCUGACUUUAAGGGAGGAAAGGUCUUUCCGUAGGAUUAAGGAUCGCUACAAUUACACCUGUGGCUCCCUCAUCACACCUGAAGGUGAUAGUCUUCAUGGCACUGUGUUUGUAAGACUGCAGUUGUGCUGUACGACUCCUAUAGAGAUGGCAUAUUAUUCAGCUCCAGCGGCCAUUGGUAGAAAAGACUUAUGUUGUUACUGCGCUUCAUUCGAGGAGACUGAACGAGAUCCUGAAGCGCUGAAAACAUUCCGGGUCGUGCUGCCUUUGUGCAAGCCCUGCAAAACUGCAGGCAAAGCGGUGAUCCGCAGGCAACCAAAAAAGUUCUGAUUUGAAUGUGGUGUUUUAACUCAAGUGGUUUCAAAAUGUGUAGUUCUUUUUUAAUAUUAAUUAAGAGUUCUUUUCAAGUUUGGAGAUGGCUUAUUACGCAGCUGCAGCGGCCAUUGGUAGAAAUGACUUAUGUUCAAUGUUACUGUACUUCAUUCCAACAGACUGUCAGAACAAGAUCCUGAAGCGCCGAAAACGUUCCGGGUUGUGCUGCCCAUGUAUAGCAAAACUGCAAGGCAAAACUGUGAUCCGCAGGCAACCAAAAAAAUACCAAUGUUUUUACUAUGAUUUCAAAAUGUGUUCUUUUAAAAUAGUUCUAUUUCAAUAAAGAGUUGUUUUGUUGUUGGAUAAUUUAA